AAAUCUAAACUAAACAUAUAUUUACAAAAUAAAUGAAAAGUCCAAACAAAAGUCUUCUUUAGUCCUUAGACUUACUCCGCCAGAGAUUUCUCGUUUCUUUCUUUUUUCAUUUUCGUUAAAAAAAUAAAAAAAUAAAAAACAGAAAUUUACCGCAACACAACAACCGGAAAACCCGCCGCCAAGAAAUGAGACGAUGGACUCAGCAGGGAUUAGCUUCGGGCGGGUCAAACAGCUCCGGGCCCAGCCCGGUCCUGCAAAUCGGGCAGACCGGGCGCUUAGCCAGCCACAUAUCGGCGCAUUCGAUGUGGAAACCGUGGUUGCAGCCGGGAACGAGCCGAGCCGGCUCGUCGACGCCGAUGGUGUCCAAACAAACCGCGCAGUCGUCGCCCAAAACCAAAUCCUUACCGGUGACGCUGGGAAGCUUCUGGAGCUGCGUGGGGGAGAGGCCGACGGGCUGGUUGUUCUUCACCGCCUCCGGGUCGUUCGCGGCGGCGGUGGGGGCGGCCGGGUAGGUGGCGGCGUACCAGAGUAAGCAGAAGUAGACUAUAAGCACUACGGACAUGCCGGCGCAUGGCAGGAACAGUGCGAGAAACACGGAGAAAAGCAUUUCUGUUUUUGUUUUUAUUUUUUUAACGGUCGAACGAU